CCAAUGGGAGAUUUUGGAGUGACUGAUCUCAGAAGGAGAGGGAAGGUUUUCCACAUGUAUUACAAAUAAUAGACGUCUUGACUGAACAAAGCCGCUUUACCAGCUGCACCCAGUUGGAAACUAGUUUGAGGUAGUAACAAAUGCCCUGUGAAAUUUCCUGUACUAUCACACGUGUCAAAAUCAAAUUCUCACACCUUUAUUUUUUUCCAGUUGAUAUUAUAUAAUGCAAGUAAAUUGUAGUUUAACCCUCUGUGGUCUUCAAGAUGUUUUUAUUAGCAUCUUUGUGAUAAUACAGCGUAGAAAUGUGGUUUAAAUGUUGUUAGAAUUUGUACACUUUAGGCAAGAUCAUAUGUGACUCACAGGCCAAUAAGCAGAAGGCCAUUAAGCAGGCCUCUAACAUUUGGUUCAUUUUAGGCAUUUAUUCUACAUUUAUCUCCUAUUUUUACUCAUAUAUGGUGCUAUUUUUAGGAACCUAAGACUUUGACAAACCUUCAAGCACCAAAACAAUUCAUCCACAUCAGUAAAAGUUUUUUGAAAAAAGAGAUUUGAAGGAUUUCAAAAAAGGGGCUUCAAUUUUUCAGCACUUGGGGCAAAUGAUCUGUUUACACAGUGCUCCUGGACAAAAGGGGGGCUCAUUAUAGAAAGAGCUAAGAUCGCUCUGAAAAUUGUGAUAUUAAACACUUGGGUAUUGUGUUAUGUUAUGCAAAAAGAUGAAUUUAAGAAAACAUUUAAAAGGAGAAAAUACCCUUAGACCUCAGAGGGUUAAAGGAAUAGUGACAGUUUUUUCUUAUUGAUCUCAUUACUUUCAGCUGCAUUUAGAGUUGCAUUAAGAGCUGCCUUGACUUAUUUGAAUAGGACACAUUAAGAAAUGCAGCCUAUUCAAAUUUAAAAGUGAGACUGUAACUUCUGCUGAACUACAGUCAUAUGAUAAGUAACAGUUACAGGGUCAUGGUAGGUAAAUGGUGGUCAUAAAGUCAUAAAGUCACUAUACAAACUCAGUGAUGUCAGUUACAGCAACAUCUGGCUAAAGUUUGGUAACAUCAGCUGACAUUAGAUACCGUAAGCUACAGCUCAUAGCUACCAGACAGCAUAAGUUAAACCUCUGAGAGUACUGAUCAGAGUUUUAUUGCUUAUUAGUAAAACAUACAUUGAAUUUUUCAAGUUUACAGUAUUUAUCUUUUGAAAAUAAUGAAGCGCAUUUCAUAGUUCCUGAUCUCACACUUAAGUGGAAGUACUUCAAUUACAGGAAAACCCCUGCGCAGAGGUGACACGUCAACCCUCCCACCCCCUUGUGUUCACAGCAAUAAAAACAUACACUUGUCUCCGUGUGUCUUUUGUGAAAAAAAAAGAAAGAAAAAAAGUCUCGGGAUACCCAGGCAUUACAUCACUUGGCAGGUUGAUGUUUAAGCCAUCCGAAAAAAGAAAAAGAAUGUGACAGGAAACUUGUGACAAAUAUGUACACACACACACACACACACAUACACACCUACAUGCAUAUAGACACAAGAUCAAUUAUGUAAUGACAUUUUUUUUCCAGCCCAACUGUUAGCUCAGUCAUUGAGGUGGAGCUUGUCACGGGGUUCAAAGAAACAGAAAGAGAACGGCAGACGUGUUUGCUUCUCUCACUGAACACAGUUGUCUGCCAUGGGAAAAAAAAAACCACACUGAUCGACCAAAAUGUCACCUGAACAGCUGGAGUCCAACACGCAACUGACCACAGCAGCUUUUCUUCAGAGGCUUCCAGGCAAAACGGCCACAUUUCUACCUUCAUCACAGAGUCAAACCUCUGGUUGAACCUGUCAAUUAUCAAACAAAAAAAUGCCUCACUCAGACAUUCAGUACACCAAACUGCGAUGGUUAUUAACCAUUGCUGGACUUGUUUUGUAUGUGGUGGACAUUUGGACAGACAUUGGACUGGCUCUGAAAUAUUUCCAAGAAAAACAAUAUGUCUGGACUGGACUGACUCUAAUGUUUGUUCUGGCUGGACUGCUGGUGACACAGAUCUUCAGCUACGCCUGGUAUCGGGACGACAUGAAUCACGUUUUGAGAAACCCAGAGGGAAGAGCGAGCGUAGCGGGCAUGUCAGAAGGUGGACUGGUUGCCCUGCACCUCUUUGGCGUGGGUAUCUUCACCAGGUAUUAUCACCUGCUGAGAAAAGGCUUUAAAGUUGUCUGGACGAAAACAAAUUCCUAUACGCUGGAACAGAGGAGGGAUGUGCACCACAAUCUCUUUUGCCUAGCAACUGAUCUGAGCAUGCUCAAACUGUUUGAGACUUUCCUGGAGAGUGUUCCCCAACUCCUCCUACAACUAUACAUAGUGCUGGGCCAUGAUGAGUCCUCAGUUUUGCAGUAUUUAUCUAUGGUGUUUUCCUUCUUCAAUAUUGCCUGGGCCCUGGUGGACUAUCGUCGCUGCCUGCGCAGAUCCCUCCCUCAGAUCAGGGAGAUGCCCUCUGGUCUCCCCACAGCAAUGUACCUCAUGUACAAAAUCUGCACCAUCACCACCCACAUCCUCAGCUAUAGCCUCCUCCUAAUACUGAGCAUUUACAGCACAGUGGCCCUCACCUUCCUCUGGCUGUUGGGGACCACCUGGGCACACUUUCUUCAAACCAACUUCUGCUCAUCCAAAGGCCUUGAGCUUCUCUACCGGGCAGUCAUAGGAGUCAUCCUCACAUUCACCUUUUUCAAUGUCAAAGGACAGGACACAAAAGUAGCCAUGAUCUUCUAUUACAUUUUCCACUCCUGUAUAAACCUUAUGGCUCCAUUGUUGCUGGUUUUGUUGAGGCCAGAGCUGCAUACUGGCACUUUUUUACUGACAGUCAGCUGUUUAAUCUUUGGAGGUUCACUGCUGGGGCUGGUGAGUCUCGUGGUGUACUACACCCUCCUGCAUCCCAGGGGGAAGUGGCGUGAGGCAGAUGAGGUGGACGGCAUGGGAAAGGAAACAAACGGCAUGACAAAAAUAAGGAACUUUUUACAACCUUGAUGAAGGUGCUUUCGUUCGUUCUAAACCUUUACGGAGGGAAAGAUUUGCACUUCCUGUGAACUUGGAACUACCCAAAAAAGUUCAGAGAACAACCAGAAUAUCAUCUUCAUAUUGUCUUCACUAUUCAUUAUUCAUGUUGCUGUCAGUUACUUUACACUAUUCUGAGAUUAAUUUUGCUUUCUUAUCACUGAUAUAAAUAGGAAGCUAUGUGCAAUAUAGGUUAUUGUUUCAAUUAAUUUAAUAAUUGUAUUUUUUCUUGUUUAUUUAAAAAAUUACAAUCAAUGGCAUAUUUAUUUUUUAUCACAUCUAAUACUGUAAUUUUCUCUUAAUCCUAAUGGACAGUUGGAAUUAUCUCAGCAUUACAUUGUAAGCAAAUAUAAGCUUCUCAUGCUUUUUGUGUAAUACUGCAAUAUACGCAAGUAUGUGACGUACAAAGAAGCAAUAAGAUAAACUGUUAUUUAGUA